AGCAUCAUCGAUGUGUAUUAAUGAAGUUGGAACACGAAUAGACGAUGCGCAAGCGCAGGCAGUGUUGCCGCGCAUUUCAAACGAUACAGUCGCAAACCGCUCUCGACUUAUCCCGUCGUAUAUCGAGGUCAAUGACACAUUCGGGAAUCGAUAAUGCUAUGGAUUUAAUUGAUUAACGAUAAUCGAUCGAGUUUUUUAAAGAAAUAGAACAUGCGUAAACAUUGAUCGGAGUAAUCAAUCACAAUGCAGUCAAAAGUGAUUGUUGUUUUGGCGGCAUUGGCCCUUAUGCCGGCAGUAUUAUCUAGAACUCGAAGAUACUCGAGAAUGCAAACGAACUCUCUGUCCAAGACUCGAUGUGAUCUCAUGUGUUUUGAAAGAGAGAAGGAGAGUAAAGCGCAGUGUCGCUCACAAUGCCGCAGCCAAGAACUGAAGCCUGGCACGUGUCCCAACUCCGAUACUCCCAAAUGGGCAGAGGCGUGUGUCGAGGCGUGCAACACUGACGCGCAGUGUGACGGCACGCAGCGGUGUUGCCAUCACGGAUGCGGCUCCACCUGCAGCGAGCCCUUGGAUUUGUUGACUUUGCCUGGUCUACCAGCUUUACCCACGAUGGAAGAACCGAAAGAGAAACGUCGCGGUGUCGUAGUGAAAUGGUCAGACGGAGUUGGAGACGCCGCAAGAGCAGUCCCAGGCCGAGUUCUAUACCUACUGGAGGAACAACAUCAUCUCGGCCCGAAGUACGAAGAGUCAAGACUAGGCGAAUGGAAUUUGUUACUACGUACAAACAAAACAAAAGUGUCUCUUCGUAAUUUGCUGAAGCCUGGAAGAUGGUAUCGGUUCCGAGUGGCUGCAGUCAGCGCAUCGGGCACUCGAGGCUUCUCCGCACCGAGUGCUUCUUUCACACCUCGUAGGGGUCCUCGACCGCCUCCUAUGCCUAAAAAGUUGAAAGUACGACCACUUAAAAUUGAAAAUGGUACAGUGACAGUGCGACUUGAAUGGAAGGAGCCCCGGUCGGACCUGCCAGUGAUUAGAUACAAAGUUUUCUGGAGCAGACGCCUGCGCGGGUUAGGCGGUGAACUAGAUUCCGUGCUAGUCAACCACCAGACCGUUCCUAAGGACCAACAUUUCAUCGAAAUCAAAGACCUACAACCGAAUUCUAUGUACUUUUUGCAAGUGCAAACGAUUAGUCAUUAUGGGUUGGGUAAAUUGCGCAGUGAGAAGGCUUCCAUUUUCUACAACACCACCGCUACUAUGCCGCCUAAAGAACCCGAACCAGAAAAAUUACAACGACGGGAAAGAAAAAUAAAAGGUCUAAAACUAAACAAAAUUAUAUGGUACAAUCAAAAAUUAAAGGCUAGAAUUUCAUGGGAGCCUAUACCGAGAGUACACGAAGCCCCUGGAAGGUACUACGUGCAUUGGACAACGAUAAAGUGCGAUGAUCCCAGUAAACCUAUAAAAGAUUUGUCUGCGACUACAGAGCAAUCAACAUUUGAACUCUAUGAGCUAGACUAUCACUGCAGCUACAAAAUCAACGUUAGUAGAUCGAGAAAACCGAAAAUACCUGAUUCCGAGCUUGUUAUUAGUGUUCCUGGUUGUGACUAUUUUAAACGAAAAGUUAAUUCAUCUCAAAUAAAUUGUCAAACUUGACUAUAACCCUAUAUUUUGAUUAGAUUAUUCAAUUAGAUUACUGUAAGAUGUUUAUAAAAAUGACAAAAUACAAUACUUUUAAUACCUA